AUGUUCUUGAUCAAACAUCCGCUUUCAGCCGGAACACAUUGCUCCGAUGUUAUCUAUCUGUUCGACUGCAAUUAUUUCACCGCUCCGCUGCCGAUGACGAAGAAAGAUCGAAAGAUCAGCAAAAUGACUAGCAGCAGUUUUAUGGAAUUUGUAAAAACUGGUAAUCCAAAUACCUCACAUCUACCUUGUAAAUGGGAGCCUGUUGGAAAGACCGGCGAGAUACGUUCAUUAAGCAUAAGCGAGAAGCCAACAAUGAUCGGAGAG